GUGCGGCGGCAGACCAGCGGAGCGAGCCGAGGCUCAAUAAUGCUCAAAUUCCUGACUCACAAGCUGCGAACGCAUUCGUUGAAUGAGGAGAGCGUUUCCGAGAAGGUGGAGGAGCGCGACUCCGGCACCGAGUCUGACGACGAGGCUGACCGCGCCGAGCCCGGUGAUUUUUGCACUGACGUCAUCAUGAAGUGGAACGACGUCACGGAUAUCAGUAUGGGUGGCGAGGCGUGCGCCUGCGCCCCCACGCCGCCGCGGCUGCUGCCCGACCCUGAGCCCGACCACCUCUACGACCACCACUCCUCAGAGGAGGAACUAGAGGUGAUCAACGGCGCGCCGAGCGGGGCGGGAGCGGGCGCGGAAGCGGGCGCGGGCGCGGGCGCGGCUGAGUCGCGGCGCCGCGGGGCCUCCUCCCCGCCGCCCGCCGCGCCCGAGAAGCGCAAGUGGCCGGCGCAGCCCUACCUCGACCCUGACACCGACGAGCUCGCGGCCAGGGCGCCCUCUUCUGACGAUGACGACACUAAGGUGGAGACUCCGGUGCGGUUCCGCACGUCGCCGCCGCUGGAGGCCCUGAAGCCGCGGCGCGCGGGCGCGGUGUGCUCGUGCGCGGGCAGCGGGGGCGCGGCGGGCGGGGGGCGCGCGGCGGCCGAGCGCGCGCCGCUGUCCCCGCGCCGCCGCCGCCUGCCGCUGCCGCCGCCGCGCCGCCACCGUCCUGCACUUGAUUUCGAUAAGAUGCAACAGCUGAAGGUGGGCGGCGGCGGCGUGCGGUCGUGGCGCGCGGUGGGCGGCGCGCACGGCGGCGAGCUGUCCGUGUUCUGCUGGUGAUGCCGCCGCGCGCGCCGCCGCUGCGCCGGGACUCAGUGUUAGUGUAACUGUCUGUAAUCAACUCCUGUUAGCGCAAUAACAACAUUUCAUGUUCUUUGUAUACUCCUAUCGAUAUCCGCAUCCUAGUGUCCGAGCCGUGCGACGUACGUAGGGUCCGGUCCGUUUCUCAUACUGAGAAUCCUGCACUUACCGUUUCGUAUCAAACUCGACGUCGCCGAGCCAUGCCGACUGCGGCGAGUGCUGCGGCGGAACUGCUUCCGUCACCCCUCACCAGCACCGCGACUACUCUACAGUUUAGUGGUUGAAUUCACUGAGCCGCUCGCCCACCGCUGGGCAGUGGGCAGUGGGCAUGGCUGCGCGGCGUCGCUAACAUCCAGUUCCUUUGUAAAUUGCACUCUAAUAAUGAUCAAAGUACAAACUUACGAUACUAUAAGGCGGCCACAAUGCGCGCCGACACUGUUUUUCGAAGAAUUUACUCGUUUUGAAUACUGUGUUUUUAUCCAUCAGUUUGAUACUCGACUAGAUUGUCAAAACGCGGGAUUUUUAAUGCAUAUUUUAGUUAAUGAUAUCAACGAAACUACAAGUAUAUACGAGGC